GAGAGAGAGGGAGAGAGAGAGAGAGAGAGAGAGAGAGAGAGCGCGCUGAUACUUCUCGCGCCGCGGUCUUUACGCACACAUAUGGAUCUAGCAGCAGAGAUCACAGACCGGCGGGUUUAGAGAAUAUUUCCAUGCACAGAAUAAUUUUUCGGGUGCCUUGGCUGUGCAAUGUGAAGUCAAGAAAUGGCAGAGAGUGGAACAUAUGGGGGAAAAGAAAGCCGGGACAAAGGACGAGGAGCUGGAAGAACUCUCCAGGAUCCUCACGUCCCCGCUCUUGGCCUCCCCCCGGUCAGUGCCUCCUCCCUUGGCAACAAGAGACAUCUCCCUCGAGGGAUCGUUAUCCAGCUGACCGGCACAGAAGGAGAAUGGCACAGUCUGGAUGAAAGCGAGCUCAUCUUCUCCCUUGAUCGUGAUGACGACUCCCCCUCGAUAUCCCUCUCCAAGGAGAGGGCGCUUACUGACGAGGAUGAUCGAGGCUUGCAGUCCCAAGCGUUCCACGUACCUCUUUCUCCUUCGUCGCCCGGCUCUCUGGGUAACUGCUCGACCACUGGCCCAAGCUUCCUCUCUCCAGGCCCGCCGUCGCCCACCCGUCGACCCCUCGCGAGUCUGGUCAAGUCCCUCUCCACGGAAUUGGAACUCAAAGAAAGUUCCACCCUAAGACCGAGGCCCCUUCUCAGUCUUGUGAAGUCCAUUUCGACGGAGAUCUCCCGCUCGGAACCCGAGGUGUCCCAGUCCAAGUCUGACUCCCGCCUCAACCUCCACCUGUGGAAGCAGCUGACCCAACCGAAAAUCCGCAGCAAUGGGGACUCUCGCACCGCGCCCCCUUCGCCUUGCUCGCUAUCCCCGAGCGCAGAGGGAUCGAAAGGUGGGUUCUUCAAAAUGGAGCUCGAGGACACGAAGAGGAAGCUGUCGGAGGCCGUGCAUGAGCCUUUGAGCAGCAUGUUUAGUAAGAUCAGGCGAGAGGAGAGCACAGGAAGCCCCAAACACCAGGGCAAGACCCAGGGCGCCCAUCAGGGUAGCUCCAGGUGCUUGGGAAGAGAAAGUAGCACGGACACAGUUCUUUCAGACUCUCCAGUUAGGAAUACAAGAAAACCCGAUGGUGAGGUUUUGCCUGUGUUCGACUGGCCUUCAGUGAAAUCUCCUGGAAAAAGAUAUGGUGGCCCAUGUCCCUUGCAUACCAACAGAAUAAGUCAGCAAGACGAGGAGCUGGAGAUUUGUACGGACGGUGACACGAUUCAAGUGCUAGCUUUUGAGACUCGCAGGAAGGCAAAGAGGUUACCGACGCCACUGAUUAGGACUGCCACACUUCCCCAACCCCCUCAUCCUCUGCCACGCACAAGUUUAUUCUGUGUGGCGGUGCUGUCCUAUGGUUAUUUCAUCUUACCUCUCAGUCCAUACUUUUCUGGCCUCGCCCUUGGGUUGGCAUUGGGCUUCUUGUUGGGAUUGAUGCUCAUCAGAAUGGGUUCCUCCAGGUCCUGCAGCUCAAACCCGUCACACAGACCGGCGCAGACUCUUUUGGAAGAGGAGAUUCUGACUGGAGGUCCUGUCAUCAGUGAGCCUGACACCCUCAAGGGCUGGAUGAACGAGAUACACGAUUACGACCCAGAAACCUACCACCCGGCGAUGACUCACUCCGUGUUUGCCGCCCUGGAGGGCUCCUGUCUCCGUCUGGACUCCCCGCGUAACAACAUCAGCCGCAGGGCCGCGUACGAUGAGCGAGUCCAGGAGGCCACCUUCAUCAGGUCCCGCUCCUUUCAGCUUGCAAAAUGCAAAGUAUUCCUGCUGCCAUCUGUGCUGGCUCGAAAGAGGGUGUGGAACCCCAAAUAUCCCAUCUGCAUCCAACUGGCGAGGGGAGAGGUCUCCCAGGAGGCCGAGGGAGGAAGAUCAGAGGAGAGUCAGGGGGAAGAGCCUGGAGCUGAACCGUCGAGUCCAAAACAAAGUCCUUUAAAAGUGGACCAUGAACUCCCCACCACUCUUUACCUCUUUGGCCGCACAGGACGAGAGAAGGAAGAGUGGUUUCAUCACUUUCUGCGUGCGUCCUUGGAUACAGAGAGAGAGCAUGAGAGGGACGGACAGAGGCCUGGCAGAUGUGCGUCCAGAUCGGGGGACCCAGCUCCAGUACAGAGCACUAGCACCUCAGCUAACGUCGCAAGCAGCAGAAGCCCCAGCAGAGUGGGCAGCAAUGACGACGAUGCCCCUUCCUCUCCUCCAGUCUCUUCCAUCCCCGCAGCUCAAGUUAGCCACAGCUCCAGCUGCACCAGGGGCCUUUCACUGCUCGACUACCCCAGCUACAUGGCUCGUCUCCUGGCUGCAGAGGACUUGACCCCCCUCUCCAGUGCUGGAGUUAGCAGUACAGAGACAAGCCCCACUUUUAAAGGAAAUUGUACCUGUGAUCUAGCAGAGUACCCUGGGACGAGCCAGACUGCUUGGGUGACCGCUUUAAUUGGUCGAAUCUUCUGGGACUUUCUGCGAGAGAAGCACUGGGCCGACGUGGUUUCCCAUAAGAUCCAGAAGAAGCUGAGCAAAAUCAGACUGCCUUACUUUAUGAAUGAGCUGAAGUUGACUGAGUUGGAUAUGGGCCACUCGAUGCCACAAGUAAUGUCUACCUCCAGACCAGAGGUCAACCACAGAGGCCUUUGGCUGGAGCUGCAGCUGGUCUACACCGGAGCCCUGCAGAUGACCCUGCAGACCAAGUUCAACCUGUCCAAGCUGGGGAAAGAUGGCGGGCAGGAAGCAGACUGUACCACUGAGACUGGUAGCCCACGCUGCAGGCCCAUCUUCAGUGUGUUGGCCGACAGCGAUGAGGAGUCCUCCAGUGCUGGUUCAUCUGAUGAGGAAGAGCUGCUCCUCUCUGAGCCUCAGGGUCCAAUGGGAGAGAAGGGAUCUUCACCUGCCACUGACGGCACAGGGGGUGGAAAGACAGGGAGGAAGAUUUUGAAAUUUGUGGACAAAAUUGCCAAAUCCAAGUAUUUCCAGAAGGCGGCAGAGAACGAGUUUAUUAAGAAGAAGUUUGAGGAGAUGUCCAACACGCCCCUGCUGCUCACCGUUGAGGUCCAGGAGCUGUCAGGGACUCUGGUCAUCAACAUCCCACCACCGCCUACAGACAGAAUAUGGUACAGCUUCUGUGUGCCCCCCAAGCUGGAUCUGCAUGUCCGUCCCAAACUGGGUGAGAGAGAGGUGACUUUUUGUCAUGUGACCGAGUGGAUUGAAAAGAAACUGCAGGACGAGUUUCAGAAAGUGUUUGUUCUUCCAAACAUGGAUGACAUCUACUUUCCCCUGAUGCAUGCUGGGACGGACAGUCCUCAGGCAUCACAGAAUGUGUCCUCUCAGUCUCAGCGGUCCCAGAGCUCGUCCACUGAAUCCAUCGAGAGGAUCCCACCUGAGGUCUCUGGGGCGGAGUCUGACUAGUGCCUCGCUGAUUCAACACACACACACUCACACACACACACACACACACACACACACACACACUCACACA